AUGGACACCAUAACAACCGAAUACCAUAAAUCCCGUUCCUCCUCCGACUUCAUCGCCGAACUCGCGAGUUUGAGCGAGAGGGUUGGUGAUGGGAGGCUUUUUUCGAGGCUUUUUUCGAAGAGGGAGGAUUUGAAUCAUACUGGGGCGCAUAAAAUUAAUCAUUGGUACGCUCACCCCUCCUCCUUCCCCACUCCUCUCUCCGACCUGCGUGGGCUGAUGAUAGAGGGGAUAGUAUGGCCGAAGCGCUCCUGGCAAAACCCCGGAAAGAAGAAAUUGAUUGCGGAGACUGGAGCGGGACAACACGGCGUCGCCCUCGCAACCACCUGCGCCUACUUCUCCCUCGCCUGCGAAAUCCACAUGGGCGCAAUUGACGUUGCGAAAGAGUUUCCCAACGUAACACGUAUGCGAAUCCUCGGCGCCACGGUCGUGGUCGUCAACGAAGGCGCCAAAACGCUGAAGGAAGUUGUUGAUUCGGCGUUUGCGGCAUGGGUUGGGAAUGAGACGGGGGAGAGUAUGUAUGCGAUUGGGAGCGUGGUUGGACCAGAUCCGUUUCCGAUGAUGGUGAGGGAUUUUCAGAGGGUUGUUGGUGAGGAAGCGAGGGUGCAAUUCGCCGAGCAUUCUGAUUCCAGCUCCCACAGUGGGUUACCGGAUCCUGUGGUGGCGUGUGUGGGGGGCGAAUCGAAUGCCAUGGGAAUCUUCUCCGGAUUCCUGGAUGAGGCGCCGGAGAGGGUUACGCUCCAUGCCGUCGAGCCCGCCGGUCGGAGAACGGGGUUGGGCGAGCAUGCGAGUUCGUUGACGUAUGGGAAAGAGGGCGUCAUGCACGAUUUCAACUCCAUCUUGCUCACGACCGCUGAGGGUUCGCCAGCGCCUGUACACUCCAUCGCUUCCGCGUUGGAUUAUCCCUCUGUCGGGCCCGAACACGCUAUCCUCCAAUCUAUCUCCAAAACGACCGUUAGUACAGCCACGGAUAAACAAGCUCUCGCUGCGUUCUUCUUGUUGAGUCGGUGUGACGGGAUUAUUCCGGCGUUGGAGAGUGCGCAUGCUGUUGCGCAUGCUGUUAAGUUGGCGAGGGGGUGUGGGGCUGGGGAGAGUGUGCUUGUGAAUUUGAGUGGGAGGGGGGAUAAGGAUUUGGAUUAUGUUAUGGAGGGGUUUGGGGAGAUGGCGGGGUGGAGUGUGGAGGAGUUGGUUAAGGGGGCGUGUGGGGAGCUCGAGGAUGCUUCAAAGUAAGCCCAUGAGUAUCUCAUUCACGUUGUAUUAUCUUAUCUUAUCGUACAUCUUUCAUAGUCAGUCUACUCCUUCUUCUCCGGCUG